UUCAAGUUCGCCUUCAAUUCCGAGAAGUUCUCCGACAAGGUGCUGCAGGUAGAGGUCGUCGCCGGCGACGACGGAGGAGGAGGACCCCUCCCCGACUCACCCCCCCCGUUGCUGCUGAUAAAUGAUAAUGGACAGAGUAUUGACUUUUCCUCAACCAUGGCAGGUACACCAAUUUUAACUGUAAAGGCCCUUCAUAUCAAUUCAGCGAUUCUUGCUGCAAGAAGUCCUUUCUUUCUAAAGCUUUUCUCGAAUGGCAUGAAAGAAUCUGAUGAUCAGACCCAUCCAAGGAUUAGGAUUGCCAAUUCAGAGGAAAUUGCCCUUAUGGAACUUUUAAGCUAUAUGUACAGUGGGAAGUUGACAAUAACUGAGCCCACUCUUGUGCUCGACAUCUUGAUGGCUGCAGACAAGUUUGAGGUUAUCUCUUGCAUGAGGCGUUGCAGUCAGCUGCUCACAAGCUUGCCUAUGACCACAGAAUCUGCACUACUCUACAUAGACCACCCUUGCUCGACUUUAAUGGUUGCUGAGGUCCAGCAUGUGAUUGAUGUUGCCAAGGAAUUCCUUGCCAACAAGUACAAGAAUUUUCAUAAGUUCAGACGUGAAUUGAUGAACUUCCCUCUUGCUGGGAUUGAAGCCAUCUUGUCAAGUACCGACCUACAAGUAGCAUCUGAAGAUUGCAUAUAUAAAUUUAUGAUCUUGAGUUGUCGUUUACUUCCGCUGGUCCGCUUCAGUUAUAUGACACGUCCGUCACUUGAGGAUAUCCUAACAUGCACUGAUGAUGAUAUAGACCAUGAGCAAGUAGCUAAGCGUAUUGCCAAGGCACUUCUACAAAAGGCUGGCCCAAAACAGAUGGAAGGUGCUCUUGCAGCAGACAUAACAACCUGUUGGCAAUUUACUGAACGAGCUUACAAGUUCAAACCUGUGAAAUUGGUUGCUUUUGAUCGACCCUGCCCACAGGUUAUUGUUUACCUGGAUCUAACACGCGAGGAGUGCUCCCGACUCUUCCUGUCUGGAGCUGUACGGUCGCGUGGCUUCCAGCUUGCAGGGUGGGAUGGGAACAUGCAACUCAACCCAGUCUGUACAAUGGAUGAGCAGAGUAAGGUGUGCACCUUUGGCCUCUGCUUAAUGGGAUUGGGUUCAACAGAUUUGACAGUAGAUAUUGAAUUUGCUGCAAGGAUAAGAUCGUCGGGAAAAUUUGAGAGCAAGUACAGGUGUAAGGGCACCUUCACCCGUCAUUUGUUGGAACAAUGCGAUGAUCUUUUUGGCGUUCCAUGGUCAACGUUCAUUGCCGAUGACAACCUCUUCAUCGAUGGUGUGCUGCAUCUGAGAGCUGAUUUGGCGGCGGUCCAGCAGCGGCAGUUACAUGCUUGA